CCUCACAAGUGUCCCGGAGACAAGGAUGUGUAGUUGUCUGCUUUAAAAGUGCUACCAAACUCACUUCAGAUAAGCGUAUUACUUGUGAAGUUUUGUUUGGUAAAAGGGUAAAUAAAGAUAUUAAAACAAUAAAUAUAUAAUUGAAAAUAAAAGUGUCAGUGUUUCAACAGUUCGCAGAACAAUUUUGUUUAUGCAAAGGAUAUAUCCUGACUUAUCGAAUAGAAAAGUUGAGAAGGAGCGACACAUAAUGAUUACUGCGUGGUUAUCUGGUGCUAGAAGGUUGUCAGUAUGUAUGGCCGGUGUUCAAUGGCAGGUACAUCUAAUAGCUGUGUGAUGGCCCACUCUUCUCUGUCAGGGUCACAGGGAGAGGUACGGCCCUUCGAGGAAAUCCCAGGACCCCGCUCCCUGCCACUGGUCGGAACCUUAUACCAUUACUUUCCACUCAUAGGGCAGUACUCCUUCAGCCGCCUGCACCACACUGGCCUGCGGAAACUGCGGCAGUUUGGACCCAUAGUGCGAGAGAGACUACUGGAAGGUGUGACCUUACUGCUGCUCUUUGACCCCCGGGACAUAGAGGUCAUGUAUGCCACUGAGGGUCGCUAUCCAAUGCGACGGUCACACUUGGCACUCGAGAAAUACCGCCUUGAUAAUCCACAUAUGUAUAACACUGGUGGAUUGCUGCCUACGAAUGGUGAAAAGUGGUGGGAAAUUCGACGUAGUGCCCAGAAGGUAUUAAAUCGUGUACAAAGUGUUCUCACCCGUUUACCUGAGGUUAAUAAGGUAUCUUGUGACUUUGUCGACCUCAUCGAGAGCAUCCGGUGCCCCCAGACUGGUCAUGUGUCAGAUUUCCUUGAACUUGAAUGUCGACUCUUUCUGGAGUUGACUAUGGUUGCUGCACUGGAUGUUCAGCUGGGCUGUGUCAAGUCAUCUGUACACACUAUAAGUAGGGAGGCUAAGGAUCUCAUGGAGGCUGCCCACAUGUCUAAUUCCAGCAUUAUCCACACCGACAACGGGCUGCAAUUUUGGCGGUAUUUCAACACACCUCUUUACAAACGGCUGGUUCAGGGACAAAAUACCAUCUACAGAAUUGCUUUAAAGUAUAUUGAGGCCAAAGAAGAGGAAAUGAAGGAACAUUUUGCAAAUCAAGAAAAGACAAGUAGUGAUGACUCUCAGCAGCCCCUUUCUGUGUUGGAACAUUUUCUCUUAGAAAGUGAUCUUGAUAAAAAGGACAUUGUAGGCAUCAUCUGUGAUACUUUACUGGCAGGGAUUGAUACGGCCGCUUUCACAAUGUCGUAUGUUUUGCACAAUUUGGCAACUAAUCCAGACAAACAGGAGAUUCUGGCAGUUGAGGCUCGAAAACUUCUUUCUAAAUCUGGCGGUCAGGUAACUGCGAGUGUGUUGGCAGAAGCUCGGUACUUGAAGGCUGUGUUUAAGGAAAGUUACCGGCUUCGACCAGUGUCUAUUGGUGUGGGUCGGAUUAUUCAAGAGGAUGUUAUCAUUAGAGGAUAUAGAAUUCCAAAAAAUACAGUAGUAGUGACUCAGAAUCAGGUUUCUUGUCGACUACCUGAGUAUUUUCCUGAACCAGACAAAUUUGUGCCUGAACGCUGGAUGAAAAAAGAAAACAUCAAUCCCUUUCUUGUUCUUCCCUUCGGUCAUGGUCCCCGUUCCUGUAUUGGUAGAAGAAUGGCAGAGCAGAAUAUGUAUACAGUAGCAUUGCAGUUGGUUGCACGAUAUAAGAUUGGAUGGAUGGGUGGACAACUGGAUUGCUACUCCAACCUUAUAAAUGAGCCUGAUUCUCCACUUGAUUUUGCAUUUAUAUCCAGGACCUAAGCAAUUAGUGUCAAGUAAGGCUUUGUAACUACUAGGAUACAUAAAUAAUUCUAGUGUAGUUUUAUACUAGUGAUACAAUAUCUAUUAAUCUGGCCCUUUAAAUUGAAACAAUGGAGAGAAUUGUCGAAUUCAUACUAAGACCCCUACAAUUCAGUGCUCUGCUGUGGACGUUAGGUGUUGGAACGUGUUAGUAGAUUAAUCAGUUAAAAAAAAAAAAAAAAAAAAAGCACCAAACCCAUAUGGGUCAUUUAGUGUUGAAGAAUUUUACCAAGUCAAAACAUAAUUGUUUUAUUUUUAGCUGUCUCUCGUGAGGGUUUGAGGCUUAUUUUCAGUAUUGGCUUUGCCAGUGUGAUGUUUUCGAGUACUGUAGUUACUCGUUUGUUGCCACUUUCCCUCGAGAGGUUCCUUGGUGAGGCUUUGAACUUGUCCUUCCUGUCCUUGGAUCAAACCUGUGCCUCCUGGUUCUGUAUGACACCUAUGAAUUUAGUGCUUCCCUCAUGAAUGGAAGUGUAGUAGUAGUUUUUGCUUUUAUCCUUAGAUUUUCAAUAUUAAUUACAGGUCUGAUUAAAAAAAAAAGUUAAUUAUUUCAUGAUAUUUUAAGCUUCAUGUCAGUUCAACUAUAUAAUACAUAUCAGUUCAUUUGAGGCCCAUGUGCACAAAGCACACACACUUUUAACCUACUUUGUACAUAAUAAAUCUUGGAAGACAACCAGCUUGGUACAAAAUACAGUAUAUACACAUUUCUGAAGCUGUACAAGCACCCUUUGUGUAAUAUUCUUAUGCCUUGUGUGCUAUAUAUACAAAUGUGUAUAAUUACAUAUAUAUUAAUUUUUUACAGUAAGGUAUUGUACCGUAAUAUUGUACAAUCAUCCGAUGUAAAAACCUUUUCUAUUAAUACCCGGUAAUAAGGAUUAAAAAUAAGCAAUAUUUCAUCACAAGGAUAUUUUCAACAUAUCCUGUCAUUAAACAAAAUGUAUACUAGGACUUUGACAAUACCAAAAUUUUUGCCAAUACCCAAUUUGAGGCCAAUACACACCAAUACUUUGGCAUAUUCCUAAUGUAUACAAUAUAAAUAUUAAAAUAUUGUACAACAAACUGGAUUGGAGGCAGAAGUAUUUGUGUGCAUGAAAUCGUAGGCAGUUGCUUGUAAAGGCUUUCAAACUGUGCACAUCUUAUUUCUGCUACCAAACAGAAACAUUUCAUUUGUGGACACACACACUAGCCCUAAGUAGCAGCACCACGACAAAAGAACAGCACAGUUUAACCAGAACCACCAAAACAAUUUUCAUAAAGUAAACCACAAAUAAAUAUAGAAAAUGUACAUGUGCAGUAUAUACAUUUUUUUUUUUUGUAAAAUUUUAAACAGCAAUCUCCAUAAUGAACCAGUAAAAUAAUAAGACCACCAAGACUGUUACAGGAAGAGAUAGAAACUCUAAUAAAAUCAAUUAAAUGAUAGUAAUCUUUACCAAGGUUGUGAUUAACAGUUGGAAUGUCCAUAGAAAAUAGGGCUUGUGAUGAAUAAAUGCUUAAAUAUGGAACAAUGCAUAUGCUCAGUUUUGCUAUAACUUAAUCCUUAAAAUUUCACAAAACCUGAUAUGGGCUAUUGUAAUCACAGAAGGCAACCCAACAAGUGAUGGUAUUAAAUUACUGUGAAUGGCAACAUUUCAAAAGCAAAACUUAGUGUGGACCCCACAUAUCAGCACCAUAUAUACAAUACAAUCAUGUUUAACAAUAAGAUGCCAGCUUUACAAAUUGUAAUAAAAUUUACAAACACUGGUGCAGAAAGCCAAGUAUCAGACCUGCCAAGGUUAUUCCAAUUAUCACAGAGCAGGGAGUAUUCCCAAUACUUUAUGUAGUGUUCUUGUAUCAUUUAUCACCAACCUGUAAAGUCACAAAUUAUAUAGGACGGUACACAAGGAGUCAAACAGCCAUUUAACUUGGAGCAAUUCUCACAACUGUCUUCACUCUCUCCACAUUGCAACACAAGUAUACUUCAAAUUACAUGCAGACAUUUUUAGUUCUGACAUUUGUCUUGCACUACAUAUAUUGUUUUGACAGUUCACUGUGGUAAGUUAUUAAUACCAAUAGCACUAAUGAAUUUACCAGUGGCCAACACACUAGGUCCAAUGCAGUAU